CCCGGCUUCCGACGGCGGGGUGGGGGGCGGGGGGCUCGCUGGGCGCGGGGGAGCGGGGGCCGCGGGGGGAUGCCGCGCCUGGGGGAGUCUGAUUGGUGCAAGGGAACGUGGGGAGAGCGGGUGGGAGAGGCUGGGCGAGCAACUCACGCGCGGGCGCCCACCCGCCGGGACCCCCGCCUUUGGCCUCCCCGGAGCCGGGCCAGGGGGAGAGCUGGAGGUGCUGGGAAACCGGGGCGCCCACCAGCCGGGGACCCCCGCCCUUGGCCUCCCAGAGCCCGGCCAGGGGAGAAGCUGGAGGUGGCGGGAAGCCGGGCGCCCACCCGCCGGGGACCCCCGCCCUCACCGAGCAUCCCCGGAGCCGAGCGAGCGCAGAGCGCGCUGGGCGGGGGCGCCGGGCCAGCCCCUCCUGAGCUCCUCCUGCCCCGGCCCGCGGGGUAGAGGAAUUCACCAGCCAUGGCCGAGGUCGUGAAAGGAGUCUCCAAGGCCACGCAUGAGGUCGCAGAAAAAGUGGGAGUAAGAAUGGAGGGGCGCGCCGCGAGUCAACCUGACGUACCCGACAUCCUGUGGAUCUACUCGGGGGGCUUCAUAUGCCUGGAGAUUCUGUUCGGGGGCCUCGUCUGGAUUCUGGUGGCCUACUCCCGCGUCCCUCUCCCUCUGCUGCAAGGAUGGGUGAUGUUCGUGUCCGUGACAGCAUUCGUCUUCUCCCUUUGCUUCCUGGGCGUGUUCCUCUCCGGCAAGACCAAGACUGAUGCCGACUGGAAGUUCCUGGAUUUGGUUUGCCACUCAGUAGUGUUUGUCUAUUACUUCGGAGCCUUUUUACUGGAAGCAGUAGCCAUCUUCCUGCACAGUCGUCGGGUUUGCAGUCCAGCCUUUGCUGGGCCGCCGCUCAUGGAUGACAACCAGUAUCGCAUCAACGUAGCCGCCACAAUUUUUGCCUUUGUGACCAAAGCUUGUUAUGGUUGCAGUGUGGGUCUGGCUUUUCAGAGAUGGCGACUGCAUUACUCCAUAAGUAACUUGCUACAGACGUUUAGUUGGAGGCGGAGGUCAGAAUCUCACUAGGCAGACCCGGGUUCGAUCCCUUGCCGCUUUUUAUGAUCCCCUGAGCACUGCCAGGAGUAAUUCCUGAGUGCAGAGCCAGUGUAACCCCAGAGUUUUGCCUGGUAUGUCCCAAAAACCAAAAAGAAAGGAAAAAAAAAAGAAAGAAAGAAGCAUUGUCCAGGUGUUGGUUUCGUUUGUCUACUUAUAGUCUGAUUGAUUUAAAUGUCAUUCUGUCCAGAUAUAAGAACAUUUCAAAAAUAAGUUACUCAGUUUGAAAGAGAAUCUAAGUACAAGCCUAGACUUAUUUCCUGGGUGGAGUUUAAAUUUUAUUAUAAUAUUAAUUAUAUUAUAUAGAUAGUGCCAUUAUUUUUACAUGUUCCCCUUUUCAAAGAAAAUUUCCCUUUAUAUCCACACAAUGAACAGAUAAUAUUCAUGGAAAAGGAGUCUCUCUUUUGUCUAGUUGCCCAGAAGCUUAAACUUGGAAAUUUAGUGAACCUUGAAGUUUAACUAAAUAUCCCAAAACAACAUUCCUAAUAGGUUUACCACUAAACCUUAUCUUUGAACAUGAAACAGGGAUUAAUAGUCAUUUUCUUUAGAGGCCUGGAAAUAUAAUAAAUAUGUUAGUUUUCACAGGCCUGUACAGCCUCUGUUGCAGUUAUUUUGUACUGAUGUUUCUACAUGAAAGUAGCUGUAGACAACACAUAAAUGAGUGUGUGGCUUUAUUCCAAUAAAACUUUAUAAAAGAAACAGACAGAAGGUUGGAAUUGGCCUGUAUGCUUCAAAUUAUAGUUUGCUGGCCUGUGGUAUAAACCCUUAGUUCUAUGUUCUGUAUUUUAUUAAACUUUUUUUCUGAGCUAAAGUUAAUUAGAUAAAUCUCAGUUGUAUCAUAAUGCAAUAAUCCUAAUGUCUUUUUGUUAAUUGUCAAAUACCUUAAACAGGCUUAUCAUUUCUCAAGUAAUAAGGAGCAUAUAGUUUCUCAAGCUAUUUCAAUCAUGAAACGUGGCUGUAAGGAAGUGUAAUUCAUGAUGGGAUCCCUUGUAGCCUGACCAAAUUCAGGUCUCCUACGAGUGAGCAAAACUCCCUCUUCACAUCCUUCACAUGGAGAUUCCCCAGAGGCCAUUUACCAGCGCUGUAUCUCUCCACUUACCUCAUACUUUGAAUUUAGUCAUGCUUUGAAAUACAGCUGUUUGCCCUGUGCAUGAAUAUAUGAAUAUUGUGUGUGGUUAUGUAAAGCUUUACCAAAUCUAGAGCUCUAAAAUAAGUUUUAACUUAUAAUUAUUCUAUUGUUUGAGUUAAAUUUGAAUAUAGUAGUAAUUCUAUCUUAAAGUUAUGAGUUCUCAGUUUGUUUUUUAUGGUAAAACAUCCACACGUGUUCUUUUUGCAUUGGUGACAGCACAAAGUCACUUUUAGAACAACAGCCAUCAAAAACAAAAUAACCUGCCUCUGGCUGACUAGCAUAUUUUAAAAAGAGACAGUGUUUUAACCCACCUGUAAGACCUUCAUUUUGGACAAGUGUCAGUAUGGCUUGAAAGAAGGGAAUAAAUUUGGACUCCCCCUCACAGUUCUCACCACGUUGAAGUAAGGAAUUCCCAACUCCCACUCCACUGGCUACAUGUUGCUCCAGUUUGCUGCCUCUGGGAAAAGAGGGCUUUUGAAUGCUCUCUUCUUUAAUCCUUUUCUUUUUAGCUGAAAUAUUGCCUAAAGCGUGCCAUGUUUACAUAGGACUGUUAGAUUUUAUGGAACAUAGAACAAUCAUGAAUCAGUAGUAUGGUCUGUGCUCAGUAAUCAACUGCUGUUGAUGUAAUAAUCUCCUAGAAAGAACUUUGUUAGAGUUUCAUUUUUAGAAUUUAAGGAGAAAACAUGUUUCAAUAUGUGGCUGAAGGAAAUAAGUUUUGUGACUUUAUACACAUGUCAUGUCUUUUCUAUAAAUAUCCCACUCUCUGGGUUUUUCUAGCUCAAGACCACACAUUUGAACUUGUAUUAAAAAUUGUAUAUUACAGAGUCAUAAAUGUGCCAUAAGGAUAUAUAGUUAAUCUGCUCUACCUGGAGUUAUAUAGUCUGCUAGAUUUAAUUGUGAGAUUCUAUUUUUGUUUCCAAGGUAUAACAGGUCUUUACCUGCUGCCAUUACGUUACAUGGAAACGCUUUGGUGGCACUUUUGUAAAUGAAUUGCUUCUAGAUAAUUAAGAACCUUAAGUCUAAAACUUAUCUAAUUGUGAGUAUGCUUAGAUUUGUAAAUUAAUUGCAUUUUAGAUUUGUAAGCUGAGUGACAAAGCACUUGAACAAAAAUACUGGCAUAUAAGAAUUUAUAUAUCUCUGCUGUAAAGAUGGCAACGUCUUGGGUGGUUUUAGAAUCUGGUAACUCCAUGAUGAAAAGAAUUUUAUUUUAUAAGUGUUGUAACUCUAAUAAAGUAUUCAUUUGAUAAUCUUUAAAAAAAGAAAAUAUGUCAUGGCAAAUCUCACAGACUCUGGAGUAGAGAAAGAAAUUGAAUUGAUUUGAUUUGAUUUUUUUUUUUACAGUGCCAUAUCUUUCCUUGGGAGAGCGCCCUGCUGAAAGGGUGUUAUAUGAAUAUAGUAGAUAAGCAAUUAUAGGCAUCCUGGACCCAGUUCCUAGGUAACAGGUUGCCUCAAAUACUUCUUUUUUUGCUUCAGACUCCUUCUGGAUGCACAGCCAAUCCUUUCCCCCUUUCAUUUCUGUCCACCGAUCUUACUGCUUAGAAACUCCAUACCCCCUACCCACAUAGCAACAUAGCAUCCCAAUAGACUAUAAGUUGGUGAAUGAUCUGCUCUAUUUAUGUUUAAUGCAUUAUUCAUUAUGGCGUGGCAAGGAGAGAUUAAAAACUCUAAGCGUCAUAAGACAAAAUACCUGCUGAAUAACCUAAAGACUCGAUUUAUCUAAACCACUGGCCUGUCCAGCUGACAUAUUCAUUUGCCCUCUCUUCACCUCUCCUGAAACCAGCACUGAUCAAAGACAAGUUCUUGCAAUUCUUGACAAACCUUUAUCUUUGUUUACAUAAAAUUUCUUAAGCAUUUCCUCCUUUGGGACUGGAGAGAUAGCACAGUUGGUAGGGCACUUUGCUUGCACGUGGUGUCCCAGGUUGGGUUCCCAGAACCCCAUAGGGUCCCGUGAGCCCUGCCAGGAGUAAUUCCUGAGCACAGAGCCCGGAGUAACCCCUAAGCAUUGCUGUGUGUGGCCCCCAAAUAAAAACAAAUUUUGCUUAGGGUUUGAGAAAAGGGGUGUUAGGGUCCCUGGGAGCGUCAGAUGGGUACACUAGUGAUGGGUACGGAGUGGAAUAUUGUGAGUGAGAAACUAUUAUUAACAGUAUGGCAAACCACAGACUCUCAAUCAAUAAAAAAUUCUCUAGACUUCCUGCAUAAAGUUGAUAGAAUGUAUUUGCAUGUUUUAUUAAUGACAGUAAGUAUACCUAUAUCAAAGCGCAGCAACAAAUAAAUAGAAUAGAUUAAAUGGACAUUAAAUGGAGAUUUUAGAGCUAUAAAGAUGGUGAAAACAUACUAUGACAGAAAAAUGGGUCUGCAGUAUAAAUGAAAGCAUUUCUAAACGAAUGAAUUUUAGUCAACAUGUCUAGAAGCAUAGAAGUGUUUUGUGACUUAGACUGCUCCACCUCCGUGAGUAUAACCGUUAUCUUCCCUCCCACAUAAACAGAAGUACAGGCACUACUCACAGGGGCUCUCGACUCCGUGACUCUGUGUCUGUCCCGAUCAUUGCUCGGGCGCGACGUUCACUGCAUCAGACAGAGUUGCUCACGUACACAGCGCAGCACUGCACUGUGAUUAUUUCCUGCGGUUUCCAAGGCAACUCUUUUCAGCCUUAUAAUUUAUUUAUUUGGAUUAGAUCAUUUUUUUUAACUUUUGGGUCACACCCAGCGAUGCUUAGGGAUUACUUCUGGCUCUGCCCUCAGGAAUUACUCCUGGCAUUGCGUGGGGGCCUGUAUGGGAUCAAAUGGGAAUCCGGUAUGGGAAUCAAAUCCAGGUAGGGCGCAUGAAAGGCAAGUGAAGUGCCGUAUCCCCUGUACUAUCUCUCCAGCCCCAAUUCUGGGUAGUUACUUUUUUUUUUUAGCCAGCUUUAUUGAGUUACCGGGAUUUAUAAGACUGCUAAUUAUACUUCUCACGGAUACACCAUUCCAACACCCACAACACCAGGCAGCUCCCCUGCCCCCGGCCCCCACCCCCCACCCUGACAGCAAAGCUCAGCCCUACAGACGGGAUCUUCCUGAUGCCUGCCAUCAUUUGUCGUUUCCUUACUAUGUUCAAUUUUGGUGAUUUAAAAACCACCUCUUAAAACUCAACUAUUCCUCUGUGUGUGCGUCAUGCUGCUCUAAGAAAGAACAAAAUCCUGGUAUUUGUAGCUACAAGAAGGGUGGAACUAGAGGAUAUCUGAGUGGAGGCAGUCGGACAGAAAGGGACACACAGAGAAGGAUCUAGUAUGUGGCACUUAACAAUACACAGCAAGGAACGAGCAAAGGUGCAAGGGCAGUUAUCAGGGGAGAGCUGUGUCACACAAUUGUUUGUGGGAUUGAAAAGGAGGGGUGUUGGGUCCUUGGGAGAGGGAGGUGGGGGAUGCACACUAGUUGGGUACACUAGUGGUGUGUGUGGGGUUGGAAUUACUUGAAAUUUCCUGAGAAAGCAUUCUUAAGAGCAUUGUAAACCACAGGAUAUCUAUUUCCAAGAAAACACAGCUGGAAGUCGACCCAGACUGGGUUCGUACAGAAUGAGAAGGGGGUUUUGAUUGAAAGUUGAUUUCAUAGUCCUCCGAUGAUAUUAAUCCAAAUGAAAACAAACCUGUCACUCAGCAGAACGGAGAACAUCAGGCCUUCUGCCACAUCCGAUCUUUCAAAACAGAACUGCUGUCAAUAGAUGCCUAGUUCUUAAUUUUUUUCUUUUACAAAAGCUUAGUGAUUAUCAAACUAUCUUAUUAAAAUUAGUCAUCUAAAUGUCUUGUUUUCGCCUUGGACACUGUCUUACAAGUUCCUCUCCCCUGUCCCAUGUCGCACACACAUACACACGUUACCUUUUCCCACUCAGCAUGUGAACAGAGACUGACUUCUCUACAGCACACUGGGUAAUGCUGCCUGCUCGUCAUCUGCUGCUUGUGCUGGCGGAGGGACAGUCUCUGCCACACGGAGAACACUCCCCGUAUCAGAAAAUUAGCAGUUUCCUGAAAUAAGCCAUACUGUCUGUUUUAAGCUGUAAAAUGAAUUGUACCUCAGCAUCUAUAAUAUUUGAUGAUAGAAUUGUCAGGUGCAAGUUUGAACUCAAACGCUUAGAAUGUCUGUCAUGACCAAGGGCCCUGAUGCAUAUAUUACAAAUCCUGCUUCCCUCCAUAAUGGUUUUGACACUAGGCACCAUUUCACUCUCAACAAAUUCCAUGCUCAGAAUUUAUUAUAGGAUGACAGAUACUGCUUUAAAGACCACUUCAAGCCCCAAGCUGCCAGCUGCCAACAAAUAUACCCCCGAAAGGACACGGUGAAGUGAAUCUCCCCCUCAAAGCUAAUACAUAAUUGUAAUAAAGAUAACAUGGUCCUCGCCCUGAUAUAUUUCUGAUUUAUUGUUUUGUGCAUGUAUUCCUUGGAGUCAUAGUUUAUUCACAAGUCAGUAUCUCUGUCUUUCUCUAGACAGAAGACAUCUGUCUUUCUCAUUCUAUCAAAAACGUCUUAAUAUAGAGGUAUAACUGCAAGUAUUUGCAUUAGUGCCUCAGAGACAGAGGUAGAGAGAAUUAACUGAACCUUUGUGUAAAUAUGGAUGAAGUAUAAGAUUGAAUUAGUCCUAAUAAAAUAUAUAUUUGUCCACUCAGGUUGUCUUAGUCUCAAGAUAAAAUUAUUUUUCUGAUAUUUUAUACCUGAUUUUAGUGUCUUUAUUUCAUAUGUAAUAUUUCCAUUUCUGGUCAUUUUAAACUGGUGCCUAAAAGACAUUUUGAAGACUAAAUGACUAGUGAUAAGAUGAAGAAUGCUUAGGAUCUCCCCCACGCCCACGGUUUGGGGUAUGGAGACCCCAGGACCCUCUCCCGCCUCUCACUCUCCCUCCCCACCAGGGUGUUAAGGGGCGUGGCCACACGUCAGGGGCGUGGCAUCAAAGGGGGCGUGGCCUCCUUCCAGUCCGAAGAUAUUUUUCCCGCUCAUUUCAUUGUGCUUUGGCCAUAAUUGAUAGAAUCUAUUCCUCUGAAGAGUACCCUGGUCAUCUUAGUCACUAUAGGUUAACAGUCAACUGACAUAGCCUAUCCUAAUUUUACAAAAACUGU